GGGCAGGAGCAGCGGGGCCGCGCCAGACUGGGCCGGAUCGAGCGGGGGCGGCCGGUGAAGGGCGGGGGGCGGCACCGCCGCUGGGCUGUGGGCAGUGGACGGGGCGCGGCGGCCGCAGAGAUCUCUCGCGGCGGGCAGCGGAGAGGGAACAUGGCGAGCGUAGGAAACGGCACGGAGGAGAGCGGCGGCGGCGGCGAGGAGGAAAACUUUGAAGAUGCCUAUGAGAGCAUCCCCGUGGCAUCCAAGAUGGAUCUCAAGUGUGCUCUUGAAGAGUGUUCAAUGGCACUGAACUUAUUUCUAAACAAUAAGUUUUCUGAAGCACUGGAACUACUUCGUCCAUGGUCCAAAGAUAGUAUGUACCAUGCACUUGGAUACAGCACUAUCUUAGUUAUGCAAGCUGCAAUGACCUUUGAACAGCAGGAUAUACAAAUGGGAAUUUCUACAAUGAAGGAUGCUUUGCAAACCUGCCAAAGAUUCAGGAAAAGAAGCACAGUGGUGGAAUCCUUAUCCAAUCUAGUUUCUAAGCAGACAGUGGAUCAGUUGAGUGAAGAGGAAAUGCAUGCUGAAAUCUGCUAUGCUGAAUGCUUGUUACAGAAAGCAGCUCUCACCUUCGUGCAGGAUGAAAAUAUGAUCAACUUUAUCAAAGGUGGCCUCAAAAUUAGGACAAGUUACCAAAUAUACAAGGAAUGUCAUCAGGUGCUACAGAUGACUCAGGCAAACAAAAGCAAAAAUGAAACGUACUACCAGUUUGAAGGAGGAGUAAAACUUGGAAUUGGAGCAUUCAACUUGAUGCUGUCACUUUUACCAGGAAGGAUCCUCCGACUUUUGGAAUUUAUUGGAUUUUCUGGCAAUAGGGAGUUGGGCCUCUGCCAACUACGGGAAGGCGCAUCUGGCAGCAGUUUGAGGGCCAUUCUGUGUACUUUCACCCUGUUGGUUUAUCAUACUUACGUCUCCUUAAUCCUUGGUACAGGGGAAGCCAACCUUCAGGAAGCAGACAGUCUCCUUGAACCCUACCUCCAGAAAUUUCCGAAUGGUUCCAUUAUUCUGUUUUAUGCUGCCAGAAUAGAUAUACUGAAAGGAAAUUUUGAAAAGGCACAGUUAAGGUUCCAAGACUGCAUAGCAGCCCAGCAAGAGUGGAAACAGAUUCAUCAUCUCUGUUACUGGGAGCUGAUGUGGUGCUACACCUUCCAGCAGGACUGGCUUCAAGCAUAUCGGUAUGCAGACCUGCUCAGCAAAGAGAGCAGGUGGUCUAAGGCAAUAUAUGUAUUCCAGAAGGCAGCAAUUCUCUGUAUGCUUUCAGAGGAUGAUUUGAAGACUACUGGUGAGGACAUAGUGUCUUUAUUCAGACAAGUGGAUGGCCUAAAACAGAGAAUUGCAGGAAAAUCUAUCCCUACGGAGAAGUUUGCAGUAAGGAAAGCUCGACGCUAUGCAUCUCCUCAGCCAGUGAAGCUGAUAUUACCUGCCUUGGAAAUGAUGUAUGUCUGGAAUGGAUUUGCAAUUGUGGGCAAAAGAGCAGACCUCACUGAAAACUUACUGGUUACAAUUGAAAAAGAAGAAACUGCUCUACAAAAUGAAACUAAUCACAAUGAAUACUAUGUGGAUGAUGUGUGCAUGUUGCAGCUACUGAAAGGCCUCUGCCUGAAACACUUGGGAAGACUCAUGCAAGCUGAAUUAUGUUUCAGUAAAGUAAUUCAAAGUGAGAAGCAAAUAAAAUAUGACAGUUACUUGGUGCCAUUCACGCUGUAUGAAUUGGGUCUGCUGUACAAACAACAGGAUGAGAGAGAAAAAGCAAUAAGAUACAUAGAAACUGCAAAAAACAACUACAAGGAAUACUCUAUGGAGUCCAGGUUGCAUUUCAGAAUUCAUGCAGCGCUUGACAGCUUGAAGGUGACACCUGCUUCAACACCUUGAAUGAGGAGGAAUGCUUUUCAUGCAUAUAAUAAAUAGCCUACACAAUCUUUUUGCAAUUUUUUUUAAUCAUAGAGAGGAACGUAAUGAUUGUUUUCUGUCACUUCUGAUUUGAUGUAUAUCAUUCCUUUAGAUGUUUUCUGUAUAGCGCCUAUACUGUAUCUACAUGCUGUUAUAAAGAAGACCUUAUAUUUUGUUUGAUAAAAAUAAUUUAAUAUUUGACUUGAAUGGGGGAUAUUUUUAAAAAAUAAGGUGAUGGUGCAAUAAAGUUUAAUGAAAAUACUUUAUUUUUUUUAUAUAAGAGCAGAUGCAGGUGAUGCAGUGGAAUUGGUGAUAAUUUCUGCAUUUUUUUAAAGUUUGAUUUUCUGCAGUACACUUGAGACUAUUUUUCUCUCUGGAACAAAAAUGCAAUGUCUGCAGAUAACCUUACCCGCAUUUUUUGCCGUACCAUACUCUGAAAUUUGUGUUCCAGAGGAAAGAAUUAGCCAUCUUUGACUUAAUUUCAUUUUGGGAACAAAAUGAAUCUGUCUGAAGUGCAAUAUUUUUACUCUGUCAGAUGAAGCUAAGCAGGGCUUCAGAUGAAGCUAAGCAGGGCUACAGUUAUAAUGUCUUUGCAGGUCUGUUUCACUCAAAAUAAGUGCUUACAGGGGAUAUUUUUCACUUGUAGAAAAGUAGAGCUACAAAGGACAUUAUGUUCUUGUUCUAAAGUAGAAUCAACAGUCUUAAGUUGUUCCUGACAGAUUUAUUUCACCUGUCUAACAAAAAUAAAAAAAGCACUGAGAACAUUCAUUUUGGAACUUACACAGAAUGUCUUUCCCAGUGAUAAAAGACUGGGAAAUUUUGUCUGAUGUCUACCCCAAAUAAUUAUUGGCACAACUGAAACUGAUUGUUUCCCAUCUUCCCUGUCAUGGAUCUGGAGAAAGGAUUGUUCUUUACCUUUUUGAAGGGAUCAUUUAAUAUUUGUAGACUAGCACCCUGGUUGGUAUUCUCUGUUCUUGGAUCCUAACCAAAGUAAAUAAAAAUUGGUGGAUUAAAGCAUUUUCCUAAUGUAGAACUUGGUUGUGCAUCAAAAAGUGAAUCCAUUUUUAAACUUGCAGUUAAGAAAAUAUAAGAAAAUAUUCUAGUCUAAUUUCUACCAAAAAUAUGCAGUAAAAUUGUGAUACCUGCAUUUUUAUUUUCAUGCUUAUACGCAAACAGCAGUAUCAGAUUGAAUUUCCCAUUUAUUUAGAUACACAGAUUCUAGCUGUCUGUUCUUAAAAAUAAAAAUAUAUUUGAUUUUUAUUUAAAUAUAUACCAAAUAAUAUUCUUUUACUAGCUGUUGCAAAACUUACCAUUUCUGUAUUUUAUCUGGUAUAUUUACUUCUCCACAGUAAAUUCAUAGUACAUAUGCUCAUGUGUGUGAUUUGCUGCCCUUAUCUACUACCCAGGCAAAAUCAGGACAAAAGAAAUAGGUGAAAAAUGUCCUCAGUGAAUGAGUAACUGAAGUUUCUAAUUAAAUGGUCAAUAUAAUCUAAAUGCUAUAACAGUUAUUCUCAGGUUACUGAGAACACAGCUUUCUUCUAUGACUUAUAAAUAACGGGGUCAUUUAAUUGCUUAUAAUUCUGUAAUACAGUGGUAUAUUUCCAGGAGAAGUAAGAGGUAAAAAUAUUAGCUAAAUAAACAUAACAGGUCUUUCAAAAUGGAAACCUGAUCCAAAGUCUUUCUUUGUUGGUUUGGAUUUGUGCCUAUUGUAAAUGUCCAACUAAGUUAUUUUGUAAAAUUAAUACACAUGUGAGUUUGAAGCUUAGAUACCUGAGACACUGAAUUACUGAUAAAAUAAGCAUGCUUAUUUUCAAAUAUAUUUAGUUGACUAUAGCUAAACUUUGAAGUAGAGUUUAGCAUAUGCUGUCAACUGACUUUGCUAAAGAUUUGCCCAUUUAUAUAUAUGAGUAUAAACUGUAGUGAGCAUAAACUCAUAUAUUUUCAGGAAAUACUUUUAAUGCAUCUGUGUGCAUUGUAUGUUCAGUUUAGGAUUAUUUUGGUCAAUCUGAUUAGUGGAUUGGAGUCUGCUUCAUAUUUCUGUGGAAGGUGAUGGGAACAAUUGCCAGUAAAACUUCUGUAAUUUGUGUUCCAAAUAGUAUUUGGAACUAUUUGUAGUUCCAAGAGUAAUACACUCUAGAAGAGUUAUAACUGGGACUACAGACUCUCAAUGCAGAGCACAAUGUAGUCUCUGAUCUCUUGUUGUUGUGGGGAGCAUCUUAAAGCUAAUAUUUUAUGGGUGAUUUGAGAUAGAAAUCAAAAUUAACAAAAUAUGAAGAAUGAAACUGAUCUUUUCAAAAUUUAGUGCAAAAUUUCAAGAAGCAGUGUACUUUUUUCCAUGAGUGAUGUUACUGACUGAAGAGCGAGUAAAAAGAAAUACUUUCUUCAGCUUUCCAAGGGUAAUAUUAGUUCUCGGUGUAUGUUAUACUGUGUUUCUUUUGGGGUUGGCCUUUUUGCACUCCUGCAGAGAACAGGCUCAUCAACGCAAAUUUGCAGUAUCCUCUGUAGUGUUUUGAGGACCCAAUAUUAAGUGCUAUUUAGAGCUUGUCUCCUUUCUGUGCUGCUGUUCCAAACUUUACUAGAAAGAUUGAUUAAUUGAUCAGGAUUCUUAGCUUUAAGCUUUAUUCUGGAUGUUUUUUCCAGGUUGUUAACAGUGGAAAUGUAAAUGUGUGAGAGUGAUUUGUAACCUUUCAGUUAAGGUAGGUCUCCACAUGGCUUCAAGAGAUGUUUAGUUUUCCAAAUGCUGCAGAAAAGUGCAUGUCUCCUUGACACAAUGCAUCAAUGAUGCAGUAUUAUUUAGGACAUUAUGUCUGAGUUAAGUGAUUUCUGUUUAAGAGUUCGGACAAACGGUCUGUGGCUUUUUGUUUUUUUGGUGUUUUUUUUUUUUUUUUAAUCUGCUGUAUUCUGUACUGGGCCUUAAAUACAGCUCUGAUUUAGUCUUAACUGCUGUUUCUAACAUUCACCGCACAUGCUUAUCCUCCAUGGGAAUUUUGAAUAUUGUCCUGAGACUUAACUAAGCAAAGCUGAUCAUUUACCUAUGAUGCUAUAGCCUCUCUUGAUAAUAGUAGCAAUUAUAAUAUAUACAACAGCAAAUUUAAUUUGUUAGUUUAAGCAAGCAAGGCUAAGCUUACAGUUAUAUUAUGAGAAAAGGUCACUUAGUUGUUUCUGAUAAUAGAUGUCUUUUUUUAAGGUAAGCAAUAAUAGAUUAGCCUGGUUAUAGGACAGAGCUUCUAUUUGAUUAAGAAUUGCCUACUUAGGAACUAGUACAAAAAAACUUCUUGUCUGCACAUAUCAAUCAAAUGUUUAAUCUGUUGAAAGAUCAUUGUACUAUGGUUUGUAAGUCUCUAUUCAUCAGUUUUUAACAGAAAUUGAAAGCAAAUAUACGUUAAAAGAAAGCUGAUGCAAGAUUACAUAUCUGUUCUAAUACACAUGGAGUAGCAGCUGUAUGUAGCACUUUAUGGCGAGAGAAAUGUACAAUAAUCAGAUCUUGUUAUGUUUCUAAAACACCUUGCAAAAUAAUGUGUAAAACAAAUAAUUUCUUGUAACAAAUUCAGCUGAGACUUUGCUGUCAUUUUAUUACUAUUCCUAAUGUUUCAUGUCUUGUUUCUGUAUAUUCUUACACUGCCUAGUUCAACAAAGAAUGUUUAUAUUUGCCCUGGU